CUCGCUUUAGAUAUAACCCAUCUUGUCGAAGGGCGUUCUGUCGCGACUACAUUUCUUGAAUAUAGACUUUGUUACUGCUCCCGUGAGUCUGGUUUCCAGAGUUAUAUAUUCCUCAACAUCCAAUCAAGCAUCGUACCUUUGUACUCGACGUUUCUCCGAGGGCUCAUGUAGUUGGGAAACCACUCCUACAGCCAGUUCAUAGCCCUCUCGUUCGCAACUCGUCCCAAGGUCCUCCUUUCGGCAUCAUGACACACACGAAGCAGCAUCCUCUGGAUCCUCUGACUCCUCAAGAGAUUACCGCCGUCGCCAGCCAUGUCCGGUCAGCUCACCCAGACGAGGAUGCUUACUUCCGGGUAAUUUCUCUCUCUGAGCCUGCGAAGGUGACGUUGCAGCCAUACUUGGAAGCAGAGCAUUGUGGCACGAAUGGUCUUCCCCCACCAGCCCGCCUUGCUAUGGUCCAGGUCUUUCUUGGACCUCGGAACAGUGACCACUUCUUUCAACUCAAGGUUGACGUCAACUCCGGGAUCAUUGUUGAGAAGGAGAGACUCACAGGUCGCCAUCCACAUGUUGAUUCCAAUGACAUGACGAGGACGGAACGAGCAUGUCUGGAUGAUCCCGCUGUUCAAGCCGCCAUCAAAGACCUCCAGCUCCCUGAAGGCGCUACUAUCAAGAUUGAGCCAUGGACUUAUGGCACAGAUGGCCUCAACGACAUGAAGCAGAAGAUUACCAUGUGCUACUUUUACAUGCAAUUGAUCAGCCACCCUGAUGCAAAUCACUACGCCUAUCCGCUCGAUUUGUGUGUAGAGAUGUCUGGCGAUGCUCGAGUGCUCAAGAUCUACUAUCUUCCCCAAGGAAGCUCCAACGACAUCAGUGACAAAGCGACGCCUUUUGACCGUCGAAAGAUCCACGAUUCGAGCAUUGAAUAUCACCCUGACUUAGUUCCUCAACAUCGAACCACCACAAAACCAUAUCAUGUCUCUCAGCCCGAAGGCCCUUCAUUUGAAGUCCAAGGGAAUCACCUCAGUUGGGAGAAAUGGACGUUUCGAGUAGGCUUCAACUACCGUGAAGGAUUGACAUUGCAUGAUGUGCGGUACGAUGGUCGAAGUGUCUUCUACCGUUUGUCGCUUUCCGAAAUGUUCGUGCCGUACGGGGACCCAAGGCUGCCAUAUACCCGGAAGAGCGCGUUUGAUGCUGGAUCAGAUGGCCUGGGCCACACUGCUAAUAACUUACAAUUGGGCUGCGACUGUCUAGGGCAUAUCAAGUACUUUGACGGUUGGCACACGACCAGCGACGGCACACCCAUCAAGAUGCCUAAUGUCGUGUGUUGCCAUGAAGUUGACGACGGCAUUCUAUGGAAGCAUACCAACUACCGCACCACCAAUGCCGUUGUGACUCGCUCACGCAUUCUGGUCCUUCAAACCAUCGUCACCGUGUCAAAUUAUGAGUAUAUUUUCGCAUUUCAAUUCGGCCAGGAUGCCUCACUCCACUACGAAGUCAGAGCCACCGGGAUAGUAUCCACUGUGCCCAUCACUAUCGGCGAAAAGGUCCCCUACGGCAUUACAGUUGCACCGGGCGUCAUGGCUCCUUAUCACCAACAUCUCUUCUCACUCCGUAUCGACCCGGCCAUUGCUGGUCCCAAGAACUCCCUUGUCAUUGAAGAAUCGCAUCCUAUGCCGAUCGACGAUCCUCAAAUCCACAACCCCUUUGGAGUCGGGUACACGACCACGAGCCAGACUGUGGCCAAUGAGUCAGGGCAUGACCUUGAUCACAAUGUCAACCGCGUGUUCAAGAUCGUCAAUGAAGACAUCAUCAACCCCGUGAGCAAUGUACCCGUCGGCUACAAGCUGGUACCCCAUUACAGCCAACUCCUUGUGGCGCACCCCUCGUCUUUCCACGCACGUCGAUCAGAGUUCGGCGCCCACGCAGUCUGGGUGACACGCUACCAUGACGACGAACUCUACGCUUCUGGACACCACACCAUGCAAUCUCUGGGCGGAGAGGGUAUCGCGUCAUGGAUCAAGGAUCGUCAAGCGAAGGCAGAGGCCGGCGACUCGGGGUCGAGUAAUGUGCGUAAUCAAGACAUCGUCAUCUGGCAUACCUUUGGGUCUACGCACAAUCCCCGGGUUGAGGAUUGGCCGGUCAUGCCGUACGAAAAGUUGACUGUUGGCCUGAAGCCGGUCAAUUUCUUCACAGCUAACCCUGCUAUCGACGUUGCGGUGAGUACUCAGGAGAAGAACAGAAGUGUAUUGGUCAAUGGAGAUACCAAGAAUGGUGUCUGUGGGGAUAGUUCCUGUGCAAAUGGCACGUGAAUGCCUAUGGCCACGAAAUAUGCGGUAGCUUCGAUAGACACAUAAAUAACCUUGGAUACCUAACUUCAGUGGC